AUGGUGAAGGAUACUAAGUUGUACGACUUGUUGGGUGUUCAACCAACUGCUUCUGAAUCAGAGAUUAAGAAAGGUUACAGAAAGGCUGCUCUUAAGUACCAUCCAGAUAAGAACCCAAGUGAGGAGGCACAUGAGAAAUUCAAAGAGAUCAGUGGUGCUUAUGAAGUGUUGAGUGAUUCUCAGAAGCGUGAAAUCUAUGACCAAUACGGUUUGGAGGGAUUACAAGGUGGAGCUGGAGGUCCAGGUGGUAUGAACGCUGAUGAUUUGUUCUCACAGUUCUUUGGUGGUGGUGGUAUGUUUGGCGGUGCCGGUGGCGCUCCAAGGGGUCCACAGAAAGGUGCCGAUAUGAAGCAUCCAAUCAGUGCUACUUUGGAACAGUUGUACAAGGGACGUACUGCUAAGUUGGCUUUGAACAAGACAGUGUUGUGUAAGGCCUGUGAAGGACGUGGUGGUAAGGAAGGAGCUGUUAAGAAGUGUACCGGAUGUAGUGGUCGUGGUUUCAAAUUCAUCACAAGACAAAUGGGUCCAAUGAUUCAAAGAUUCCAGGCUGAGUGUGAUCAAUGUCACGGUUCUGGUGAUAUCAUCGAUCCAAAGGAUCGUUGUACCGCUUGUAACGGUAACAAGACUACAUCUGAGCGUAAGAUCUUGGAGGUUCACAUCGACCCUGGUAUGAAAGAUGGUCAGAGAAUUGUCUUUAGAGGUGAAGGUGAUCAGGCUCCAGGUAUUCAACCAGGCGAUAUCAUCUUUAUCGUUGAUGAGAAGCCACAUGAACACUUUAAGAGAUCUGGAGAUGAUUUGGUCUACGAAGCUGAGAUUGACCUUGUCACUGCACUUACCGGUGGCGAUUUCCACAUCAAGCACUUGUCAGGUGAAUACCUCAAGGUUUCGAUUAUUCCAGGUGAGAUCAUCAGUCCAGGUGAGUUGAAGGUUAUCGAAGGUAAAGGUAUGCCAAUUCCAAAGGUUGGAGGAUUUGGUAACUUGUUUGUCAAGUUUUCUGUUAAAUUCCCUGAGAAUAACUUCACCACUGAGGAGAACUUGAAGAAGUUGCAAGAGAUCCUACCACAAAAGAGAGAAGAGGACGUUCCAAAGGAUGCAGAGAUUGAUGACGUUGUCUUGACGGAUUAUAGCGAUGCCAAGCACUCCAAGUCACAGAGAUCACGUCGUGCUCAUCACGACGAUUACGAUGAUGAGGAUGAUGGUCAACCAGGUGUUCAAUGUGCAUCUCAAUGA